GGCGCGGCAGGCACUGGACCGGGCUGCCCGGAGGCCAAGGUGUGGGCCCCGCGGCGGGCUCCGUCGGCUCCCCCUCCCCUGCCGCCUUCCCUGCGCCCGCUGCGACUCCGCUCCCCGUCCUUCUCCCUCCCGGGCGCCCGGAGGGUGGCCCCUUGCGCCCUGCCGCCGGCCCCAUGGCGAGGAGGAGGAGGAGGAGGAGGGAAGCACCGCUUGAGCCUCCGCGGAGGAGGAGGAGGAGGCGGCGGAAACGGGGGGAGCAGCUCCGCCACCCCGCUCAGCCUCGGCAUCCGCUCCCCUGACUUCCCGCGCUGCCGCUGCCACUGCUGCAAGGGCUGCAGCGGGAGUGAGGCAGCGGCGGCGGCGGCGGGGGGAAGCGGGCGCGCGGCGGCGGGCCAGCCCGGGCUGAGGACGGUGCUGCUGGGCCGCUUCCUGGUGCUCCUGCCCUGGGUCUUGCUGGUCAUCCUGAUGCUGGAGGCGGACGGUAGCCGCGGGCCCCGCGCCCCGAAGCAGCAGCAGCAGCAGCACCCGCCGGCCUCCUCCUCCUCCCUCCGGCAGGGGGCGCCGCUGCCCAUCAUCUACGUCAUCACGCCGACCUACAGCCGGCCGGUGCAGAAAGCGGAGCUGACGCGUCUGGGCAACACCCUCCGGCAGGUGGCGCGCGUGCACUGGGUGCUGGUGGAGGACGCGGCCGGGGUCAGCGAGCUGGUCACGCGCUUCGCGGCCGGGCUGCACGCGGCCGGGGGACCCCCCGUCACCCACCUCCACGCGCCCACCCCGCGCAGGUACAAGCGCCCCGGGCAGCCGCGCGCCACCGAGCAGCGCAACGCCGGCCUGGCCUGGGUCCGCCAGCGCCACCAGCGACAGCAGCGCCCCGGGCAGCAGCAGCAGCAGGAGCAGCAGCAGGGCCCUCCCCCGACCCCGGGGGUCCUCUUCUUCGCCGACGACGACAACACCUACAGCCUCGAGCUCUUCCACGAGAUGCGCACAACCCGCAAAGUGUCUGUGUGGCCUGUGGGGCUGGUGGGCGGACGACGGUAUGAGCGGCCAGUUGUGGAAAAGGGAAAGGUGGUUGGCUGGUACACUGGUUGGCGGGCAGGCAGACCUUUUGCCAUUGAUAUGGCAGGCUUCGCUGUAAACCUUCAGGUGAUUUUGUCCAACCCUAAAGCGGUAUUCAGACGCCACGGGUCACAGCCUGGGAUGCAGGAAUCUGAUUUUCUGAGGCAAAUCACCACAAUGGAAGAACUGGAGCCCAAAGCCAACAAUUGCACAAAGGUUCUUGUAUGGCACACUCGAACAGAAAAGGUCAAUCUAGCUAAUGAGCCAAAGUAUCAUGCGGACAGUGUGAAAAUUGAAGUAUGACACAUAAGCAUAAAAUGGGAUAUACCCAAAUGAACAAAUGCAAUCCGUUAUGCCUCCCGGAUGGUUACAUCUUCAGACUGUACAGUUUGCUAUUCAGCAACAUCCUUUACUGGUCUAAUGAGACUUCUGUCAAAUGUCUCGAGAUGUAUGUACUUUGGUCUCCUCUUGUUUUGCAUGUGUUUAUCCAACCUGUUUUAGUAUUUUAACAAUUUAGUUUUUUUAUUGCAUUGCAAUUGAACACUUGAAAAUGCUGAUUUAAAAAACAUAAAUUAUCAUUUAGAAUGGCGGCUUUCAGAUAAUGGAUGUUCAGCAUUUAUUUGUUCUUUAAUUAAAGGGUUUUGUUUUUAAGAACAGUAGUCAAAAGACCUUAUAGAAUGAAAUAAUCAUAGAAUAUGUAUGGAUUUAUUUAAUAUAGGGAAGCAACAGCUCAUCAGUACGAGGCACCAUAAAAUGUAAACACAAUUACUGGCAUAAACCUGGAUACAGCUGGAAAGACAAAAUUAAAAUUAUUCAGUGGCGCAA